UGCGGGCGGGGUCGGCGCCCGGAGAAGGGCGGCAGGCGGUGUCUCCGCCCGAAGAAGAAGCCGGGCUUCGCCGGGGGCCGGCGGUGCGCUCUCCCGCCGCGGGGCCGCACAAUGGCAGGCGCUCAGUAGGAUGGAUCCUGCCGUGGCUUUUGUUCUGCGGAUCCACCCAUCCUCCUAGCAGUCAAGUGCCAGGCUAUGGUUUUCUCCUCGGGGAUCUCUCCGCCGCGUUUUGCCGGCGUCUCCGGUGAGGGUUUGGCCUCGGCUGGGAUUUCGCUACCUUACUUUUCGUUUGGCUUCGCGCUGAAAAAGGGGAUUUUUCUUAUUUUUCUUAUUUAUUUUUCCCUCUCCCUCUCUCUCUUUCCACGCUUUUGGUUAUAAUCCAAUGUUGAUCUAGGGGGAAUAACCAUUCAGCCUGGCUGAAAAAAGCAUCCAUUGAAAAGUCUCAAAGAAAUAUACCACGUGAGGAAAAAAAAAAAAAAAACUGGGAGAAGAUCGGAAUAUAAUCAUUUUUUCUAUGAUAAAACUGGUGCCCCUCUUCAGGAGAACUGGUCUCAAUUUAUUAUUAUGCAACCACAAGGAUCUCUUCUUUCUCAGGGUGUAUAAGCUGCUGGAUUGCUUUUCGCCCAAAUCAAUGUGGUUUCUUUGGAACAUUUUCAGCAAAGGAUCGCAUAUGCUGCAGUGUCUUUGUGGCAAGAGUCUUAAGAAAAACAAGAACCAAACUGAUCCCCAGCUCAAGGGUAUAGUGACCAGGUUAUAUUGCAGGCAAGGCUACUACUUGCAAAUGCACCCCGAUGGAAGUCUCGAUGGAACCAAGGAUGACAGCAGUAAUUCUACAUUAUUCAACCUUAUACCAGUGGGACUUCGAGUUGUUGCUAUCCAGGGCGUAAAAACCGGGUUGUAUAUAGCCCUAAAUGGUGAAGGUUUCCUCUACACAUCAGAACUUUUUACACCGGAGUGCAAAUUCAAGGAGUCUGUUUUUGAAAAUUAUUAUGUAAUCUACUCGUCCAUGCUCUACAGACAACAGGAGUCCGGAAGGGCCUGGUUCUUGGGGCUGAACAAGGAGGGGCAGGUCAUGAAAGGAAACAGAGUAAAGAAAACAAAACCAGCAGCUCAUUUUCUACCCAAGCCAUUGGAAGUUGCCAUGUAUCGAGAACCAUCUUUGCAUGAUAUUGGAGAAACAGUGCCAAAGGCUGGGGUAACUCCAAGUAAAAGCACAAGUGCAUCUGCAAUAAUGAAUGGCGGCAAACCAGUUAACAAGAGUAAGACGACAUAGCCAGAUCCUCACAGGUGUUGUGACUGACUGAGUCCCGAGUGCAGUUGAGCAAUUUAUCCUUGCCGGACUUCCCCUCUGCAGUGUCUGUGGAUCAGCUCGCAGCAAGUACUUGCGCGUUGCUGUUUCUGAACUGAGUUGUCGCAAGCGGAUAAAUCUCAACAUGUAGCUCCCCCCACAACAAGAAGACACCUGGAUGAACCAGCUAAACUCAGACCAUGGAAUGCCCUACCAGAUAUUGGAAUGCCUUUUUAAUAUCUUUUCUGUGACUGUGACACUUCAUGUGAAUGACAUACUUCACAAGUACACUUGAUACCUUGCCUGCUGACAAUUACCCAUAAUCCCUUUUUGAGUCCAGUUUCAGCAAAAUCCAUGUGUUUAAGUUCUAUUUUGUAGCACACAAAUAAUCAAGUAAUUUCUAGGUAGAUGCUGUAAACCUGUGCUAUUAUGGAUUUCUCUUCUUCCCUUUUUUAUAAGGCUGCUCGCUCCACUGUCUGUGACCUUUUGCAGGGAUUGUGUUUCUCUAUAACUUAAGUGUUGCCGGUGGCUUAGUUUUGAAAGCAAUCAGGGAAUCAGGAAGCCUUCAAAAAUCUAUUAUUACAAAUUAUAUCUAUAAAGAAUAGGAUCGUUGUCUCUGGCUUACAAUGUUGAUCAAUGUGAAUACUCUUUAGUAACAGAUACUGUGCUUCUGAGGUGGCAUUAUAGUGGAGGGAAGAGUGUCAAACACAACCAACAAGAAGUUUUCUGAAACGCGUGUUUGGCAUCCCCCUAUAGUUUCUUUGUGUGUGUGUGUUUUAUACAUAUCACAGGCUUACUGGUAAUGGUAACAUUUGCCUUGCCCAGCGAGCAAGACCCACUCAUUUUUGGGAAAGUGGGUCCAAAGAAUUUUGUAGGCCUUGUAGGCCUGAAUUAAGGCUCAUUUUUCAUCUACUAAAUCUUCAUUGUUUGAAAAACAACCACCACCAGUAAACAAAAGAAGUUAAGAUUAACCAGAAUUGCGCUACCUAAAUCCAUUUCAAAUAUAAUCCUUUCCUGUUUUUAAGGAACAGAACUUAAUGCCAUUGUUAUUUUUGGCUGAUUUCCACACCUACUUAGCAAAGCAUGGGCAAGGAUGUUGUGUGUUCUUUUUGCAGCACCAAUGCAAAGGGUAGUUAAAAAUUAUAGUUUAAUAUUUCUGGUGUUUUAAAAUAAAAAGUUUUAAAACUGGACAUAUUACAAAACUUUAUUUUUAUUUUUAGCUAAGCAUGCAAAGUCCAGUCCUAUGUAUCUCACUGAUAUCCCAGUACGUACCUCUACCCAGCUUCCUAGGAUAAUAUGCCCACCAAAUUGCUAGAUUGAAGGUGCCUUGCCUUGAUCUCUGUCUACUGUACUUUCUCCUACAUGAACCUAGAAGAAAUCAAAAACAUUACAAAAUUGAAGCCUUGGAUCAUACUAUGAGAAACACUAUCACCACUUUGAGUUUGUCACUUCUGAACAAUGAAAAUGAUGUUAGGGGGAAAAAAGAAUUAGACAAUACCACAGAGAUGCCACUGAAGUGUUACAUACUUAAGUCACAUGCUUUCAGAAACUAAGAAUGUGGAUAAUCUCUGUAUGCUUACUAAGGUAUUUGUUUCUCAGAAAGGGCAACAAGGACCAAACUGUACCUCAGUCUGGAAAACUGUGUGACAACACUCUCUUGGCCUCUUGCUGUUAUCUUGAUAUUUAAAGAAAAGAAAAAAAAAAAAAAGAAAAAAAAAAAAGAAAAAAAAAAAAAGGAAAUCAUCCAUUCCUUUUUUACUAUUGUAUUUCUUGCAGUUUAUUUUAUCAUGUCUUUGUGCUGAAGUGUCCCUAACAGAGACCACUGGUUAUUUCAAACUUCCUAUCUGCUCAGCUGAAUAACUGAUUCAGUCUAAAUGAACUUUUCAUGCUAAUUUUCAAAUGUGUUCUGUUUUUAUAUGCAACAUUUAGUGCACUGUUCAAGGAAGCUACUAUAAAGCUGCUAAAUUAUGAUUUCCUUUUUGGUAGGCCAGACUUCCUUGUUUAUAUAUGUAAUAUGAGAAUAGCAAGCGAACACUUGAUGUUGGGUCUUUCCAGGGAGGGAAUGAGUCAAGCAUGAAGCCAUGCUUGACCAUGUACAAAGAAAACAAAAUAAUACAAAGCUAAUUUAAUACUGUGAUAAAAAUGCAACAAAACUUUAACUUAGACUGUGCCCUUGCCUGCUAGCACUAAAUGUGUGUGUGUGGGGGGAAACAACAUUUUGAUAAAAACCUCGGUGCACCCUUCUCAUCCCACCCAGUCCAGUGGGAUUUGUGCACCAUCCCUGAGGAAACAGAACAAAACCAAAGCAACUCACACGAUGAGUUGGUGGCUUGCUUUGCAUCAGGAGGACCCAUGGGAGGCAGCAGUCUUGAUGCUUUCCUACCUGCUGGGUCUCCAAGGAGAAGCAAUUCACAAUUAUUUUGAGUAACCUAAUACAGCUGAAGGCUAUAUUCUCUUUCUCUCUCUCACCUAAUCUUUUGAGAGCUCAUGAGGAGGGAAUACAUGUGUUCAUGUCCCAAUCCAGCUGUCUUUUGACUCUUGCAAGUGUAAGAAUCUGGGCACAGACAGGACUGGAGAACUGGCUAAGUUGUGCAAGGAGCUUCUGGUUCAUAGCCUGAUGCUACCUAAGUAUGUUUUUUAACAUUAAACUUUCAAUCCCAGGUAAUUAUAAUCUGAGAACCAGUUUGGGGGGGGGGCUACAAUUAAGGACAGGUUUAAUUUUUGUAAGCAGUUAAUACAUUCUGGAAAUGCACCAUAGUAUUUUUAAUUUCUAUUUUUGUUUCUACAGUCUAAAUUCUUGUGUGUUUAAUCCAAUGAAUAGAUAUCCUAUUUUUUUUUUUUCUAGUCUGUUUAAACAUUAGAAAAGGUGUCUUUGUGCUUUGUUUCCUCCAUUUAAUUUUGUCUCAUCUCAUCCAUUGCAUGGGAGAAGGAUGACAAGGAUUAACCGCAUGUAGUAGGUUGUGUGUAUCACAGAGUUGGUCUGUAUUACUGAAUUUACAAACAUACAUGCAAAGAGUUUGUCUGCAUUGUACAGUUUGUGUUUAAUAUUAUUUGUUGUAUACACAGAUUCAACAUGAUGAAUAAAACAUUUAUAUGAAGGCAUACUGAAAAACAUCCAGAAAGUUUAUGUAAGAAGUAGACUGUGCAAAACAUUGUUGUGCUGGCCACAGUUUGGUGAAACUUCAUAUAAAUAGGCUGGCAAACUCAACUCUCCCCUUUCACCAUGCCAAAGAAAAUUUUAGCUCCUUAAUAUAAUACCUCUCUUGCUGUUCUCUAGGAUGAUACUUCACCAUUUUGUUCCCUCCAAAAUUAAUUUUGCUGUUAAGUGAAAGCUGUUUCCAACUGUCUGUUACUACUAACAUACUGUAUAGUAAACCUGAUGGAAUCAAUUUGUAUUUACAGAUUGAGCGUUUUGUACUUACAUGUCCACCUGUCUGUGAAUUUGCAGAUUUUGCAUGCUUGCUUUGUAUUUUUUUCUUUUGGGUUUUAUCUAACCUCACAGAGACUGUUUGCACAGCAAUCUAACUUCAUCAUACCAUUUCAUAAUGCACAUAAAUGUUAAUGCUGCAUAUAGGCAUCUCUUUAUAUAUAUUUUUUAAAUCUGCAUUUCAACUACGGUUUUAUUUGGCAAAAUCAGUCACACCUGCACAAUUUUACAGAUCCAGUUUUAAGUAGAUAUGAACCACUUCAACAAAGCACUGUUCUGUUAUACUUCAAAUAUUUUAUAAAUACACAAGCAUCCUUAAAAGAUAUUAUAGAGCCUAUAGAAAAGUGUCUAUAGCUUUUAAAUUCUUUGCAGUUGACAUAACACAGCUUUUGCUUCAUAUGAUAGGUUUUUUAGCCACAUUCAAAUCAUAUUUUAAUGUAAUGUCAUUUUCAUAAACUUUAAUGUGUGUGGAGUUAGGUUGGUCCUUAAUAAACCACCCCCAGAUACAAAUAUAAAGCAAUUCACUUUGACUGUGGUAUAUGCCUGAAACAAUGCUUCAAAACUCUGGCCUUUUCUGAACUUUUUCUCUUGGUUUAGAAACAUUGUAAGUGAUGAGGUGUGAAAGGAGGAAGUUUGGUCCACACAUUAAAAGUGUGUUUUGCUGAUCCAUCUCUUUAUUGGUAUAAAUAAUAAAUUAUUCAGCUCCAUUCAGAUGGGAAUGCGAGUGAAAUUAGACAAAGUAAGGACGUUAUCUUUCUUUUAAAUGCCCCUUUUGAUAAACUCAUAUACUGUGCAAUGCAUUUUAAAAUGCAUAAUAACAGUUUUUGUGUGUGAUUUCUUUUGUGACUAAUGCAAAUGCUAUGAUUUAUUUUUAAAGCUGUAAUAAAAUCUUUGUUCUAUUACCUAGUGACAAAAAUACUCAAUUUAGAUUUAUUUUUUUUUUCAUCACAGUAUCAUUUAGCUACAACGAUGUCUUUCUGUCAAGAAACAAGGACAGUGCAUCAGAAAUAUCAAAGCAGGUACAGGAUUAAACAUUCUUGUAUGUGUUUCUGUAAGAGUAUAUGGCAAGUGAAAAAAAGGAUCAUGAGGAGGUUCAUAAUUUACACAAGCAAAUCAAUCCAUAGCUGUUUUACAGAUGAUUUUACAGAUGCUAUAUACAAAAGGCAUACUCCCGAAAGUCUUCUGUAGAACCGUUCUGCACACCUCUGGAUUGUGUUCUUUCUAUCAGAACAAAGCAAGGGUACAGUAUCAUUGUUUAUAAGCUUUAUCAAUCUAUCCAUAAUGAACUCCCCAUUUACCCAAUUUGUUUUCACCACCUACAAACACCUUUUGCCACUGGCCUUGGAAGCAAGUUUUUACAUCCACCACAUAAAAAGAAUCAGCCAGUAUGUUUCCGUCCCUUGCGACUUUUCCCUCUUUUACUGUUUAUGUAUCUGGAACUGUUUAUGUCACAAGGAAUGAGGUGUUAAAAAUCACAGUUUAUUAAUACAGCUAUUAUUUUCACAUAUGCAGAAUAAUAAUCUUAUUUCUUCCGUUCUCAUUUUUCCAGUGAGGAAAUGAGCCACAAAACGGAACUGCUGGGAGUCCUAUCUCAGCAUGAAGGGGGUGGGAGGAAUGUUCAAACAAUAUAAUAAGAAACAGAAUAAAAAUUUGAAAGGAAAAUAUGUAUUCAUUAUAUUUUAGCAGUCUUAGAAAAUAUUUUAAGGUUUAUAGUGAUAGCACCAUUUGAUUUGAUAAUUUACAUUUUAAUUAGCCACUGACAAUAGUUGUCUUAGAAUAUUCUAAUGUUUUCCCAUAUAUACCUUAACAAAAAAUGUGGAUAACACUUUUGAAAUUCUGUGGCCAUGUAAUCCACUCAACAGCCAAAAUGUUGACUUUGAUUCAAAACAACAACCAACAAACAAACAAACAAACCAGAAUAAUCUUACACUAAGUAUAUAAAUUUUAAAUGAAAGCAAACUACAAAGUAAAAUACAUCAAAUGGGACAUUGUAACCCUCUAUAGAAGCCUUUUUUUUUUUUUUUUUUUUUAUGGACAUGAGUACCUGGAAUUCCAAGGCUGAUCUAUGGUACAUAUAAAUAAAUCUGUUUGUCAUACCAGUAAACAAGCCAAAAGCAUGCAAUGAAUCUAGAAAGCAUUUUUAUUAUCACAGAAUCACAGAAUAUUUCUGUUAUUACAAUACUAAAUACAAACAGAAGGAAAUCAAAUACAACAUUGUAUUUUUCAUUGUUUGCUCUCUGACUCAGCAGAAAAAUGUAUACGUGAAAAAACACCAAUUAUAAGAGGAUUGUCAGCAGUAUUCAUAAAUACAAACAAACUCAACAAUCUGUGCUAUCCAGAUACCAGGGCUGAUGAAAUGAAUAUAUGUUAGAAUUUAAGAAAAUAUUUCUAUUAAUCUGUACACAGUUUAAGGGUUAUAAGUAUAAAAUAUAAAUAAUUAUUUCAAGAUGAAUUUUACUUUGAAGUUUCUUAAUCCUGUAUCAAUACAUUUUAGAACUCUGCCUGAUAUUUUGGUAAUCUAAAAAGAGAGCAGUUAGCAGCUUUGGGAUACAUGUCUUGUUAUUUAUGUGCAUAACUCCUAUAUAAGUUAUGCAUGGUUAUUUGGUGAUUUUACUAUGCCUCCCUGAGAACAUAGGUUUCACAAGCUUCACUUUUAGAAAAAAAGAAUUCAGGUUAAGGAAAAAAAAUGGGAAAGAUAAAGUUACAUGUGAAGGGGGAAUAAUGAAAGUGACUAAAUACAUUCAUUCAAUUUUUUUUGCAUUUUAUUAUACGUUCUGUACCAUUGUAUUUUCCUAUUUCAAAAUUGUCCUUUCUAAAAGAAAACAGAUUUCUAGAUGAAUAAUGGAAAUACCUUUUUCAAAUGAUAUUAUAGUUCCCUUAUUUCUGAGUCAUGUACCUCUUCAAAAAUCAGAACCUUGGCACCUAAACCACAAUGUUAGUUUGAUAUUAAAAAUAAGUAUUUUCAAAACAUUUAAGCAAUUUCUUGCUCAAUCAUGACUUCACAAAAUGUAAACACUUUUGAAACUAAAAUGUAUGUAUUUUUUUUGCUCUAAGGAAUUAAAGGGCUGCCAAAUCUACAUGUAUUAAAACAAAAAAAAAAAAAAAAA